CCGACGGCGCUGUUUCACCGCGUGCCAGCAGCAGCAUCAGCCAGCGACAGUGUAUGACCGCCGACGCCGGUCGCACGCUCUCUGUUCUUCCACACGGUGGCCACCAUCACCACCAUCCCGAUGUUCGCCGCUCCGACGACUCCACCGACGUCUUCCGGGUCGAAUGACACAACAACUUCCGACACGUCUGUAACUUCCGGGAUAGCGGAAACGGCAACUUCCGGUCAGCGCGCGUCCGCGACGAGCGCAGAUGACGGGCCAAACCGGAUCUCCGCCGACGCGGUGUCAACCCUCGGUGACGUCACGGGAAAUGCAAGUUCCGGCGAUGACAACGAUAACGAAGCGGGGUCGAGGAAUAGCACAGCAGCCACCACGAUACGGCCAAGUAAGCGACCACGUGGCAAGCGACGCGAGAAGUCGAUGUCCGAGACCAUCCAUCUCUAACGCCGAGUGAAAAUAA